AUGCUGAUAUCAGCAAAAGCACCGCCGCCUUCAUCCCCGCUUUCGAUCGGUGGCACGGGCCCUCACUGCGUUAAAUGUCAUGUCGAACCCAUUAUUUGCUCAACCUCAUAUGGGUAUUCUGGAAGUUGGAUUAAGGCACCAUUUGAGCUUCAUGGAGUUUUUCCGUAUCAUGGCUUGAGUUUUAGAAGUGACAAUCUUUUUUCUGGAACUACACGGCAUCAAUGGUUGCCUCAGAAACAUGAUAUUUGCCUUUCACAAGUUCCAGUAGCUGCCGAUUAUUCAGAUUCAGUUCCUGACGCUGACUCGUCUAAUUAUACUAACCAUAAAGGCUAUCAUCCACUUGAAGACGUAAGAGACAACAGACGGGUUCGCGAUAAAGUAUUAACGUCUUCUGAGAUUGCAAGGACUGCUGUAGAGUCUAACCACAGGGCCAUGUUAAUAUUCCCCGGUGCUGUGCACUGUGAGCCACAUGAAAAGAUCUCGUGGGCUGAAUUUCAGUUUGUUGUUGAUGACUUUGGAGAUAUAUGUUUUGAGGUUUAUGACGAUCAGAACAUCUUACAAGACCGUGGAACAAUUAAUCCUGUGACUGUCUUGAUUGGGAUGGAUAUCGCUUGCUAUGAGAGCAGGAAGAUGGGUCUUUAUGAUGACAACACUGUUGACUUUGAGCCUGAAGAGGAUGUUUUUUUUAUUGAUGAAUAUAGUGAAAUAGAAGACCCUAUCAAGACAGACAUCUGGGAUAAUUGGGAAAUACCUGAAAAAUCCUCUUCGACUCAUCCAAUUUACUUUUCCAAGUGCUUGGCAAAGGCUAUUGAUGUGGAGCAUGUUAAAAUGAUGGAUCACCCAUCAAAUGGUGUUGUCCUGUGGGGCUUCCUCCGACCUGUAUAUAGUGAUGAAGAAAAUUAUAUAAGGCGGUUCUUUAAAGAUGAAAAGAGUGAUGGCUAUACCUCAGGCGGCAGGGAUGCAAAUAGUGAGAGCUUCAGUGUGGACAACGAAAAUUGCGGUAGAUCAACUAUUUACAGACUGGAAAUCGCAAAAAUCGAGUUAUUCUCAGUCUAUGGUGUUCAGUCAGUUGUUAGUGUGCAGGAUUUUCAAUUUGCUGAACCUGAUGUUCUUGUGCAUUCUAUGCCAUCAAUUCUAAAGCGCUUUGACAGGACUGGAUCAAGGUGCAAUGUUGCCCUUAAAGCUUUUUGCCGGAAAAAAGGACUUUAUGUUGAGAGAGCAAAUUUGAUUGGAGUCGACAGCCUUGGCAUUGACGUUAGAGUUUCUGCUGGAACAGAAGUACGCACGCAUCGGUUUUCCUUCAAAGUUCGGGCGAAUACAGAUUGUGCUGCAGACAAACAGAUACAGCAACUUUUGUUCCCCAAGUCGAAGCGGAAAAGGUCAAGGACACUUGAUACACCUACAGAGGUCGACUCAUUUUGA